AUGAGUCCCCGUAUAUGCUCGUGCACUCUCUGUGGAUGGAUCGUCGUCGAUGCACCAGGCAGCGUUUCUUGGCUGAAUCAGUUCCGUGGAGUCACUUCAAGUCCAAAUGGCGUCAUUCUCACCGGUGUUGGCUUAUACGAUGAUCCGGCAAGGGGCGCAUUCAUCGCCCCAGUCGACCUCAAGCGUCGUUGGGAUGACCCAACCUACGACAGUACAGAUGAAGACCAAUUUGGUGCUAUGGGCUUCCCGCCAGUCAACGGAAGACACGGCUUUGUUUUCCAUGAAGCCUGCUGGGACCUCUUAGAGAAAGCCUUCCAUCCGAGUCCAGUUCCCUUAUUGAGACUGUUCGACGUCUGCGAAUCACUCCCAUUUCCGCUAUUGUCAGUAGGUAUCAGCUGGGGCCACGACUACGGGGGAGCCAGUAUCGUCGAUAAUGAACACCACUUUCCGUUCGAGGACAGAUUUUCCGACCGGGACUGCAUGGACCCCGACCCCGUUCUCAGCGCCAAUCCGUACGAAGCUGAAGAGGCACACCACUUGCUCACUGAGGCACCCGAAGAGCCGCCAAGUCCAGAAGGGCCUAUUUCCAAUGCUGCAGCCCCAGAACCAGAACGGGACAGCUUCUAUGCGCUCCCAGAAGAGCUACGGUCAGCGAUCGCUAUUUGCCUACCGACUUUGGAUGUAUUGAACCUCCGGUUGUCCUCACGUUCGUUCUGGACGAUUUUCAAUAGUCAACAGUUCUGGGCCUCGAGAUUCAAACAUAAGUCAGACCGCUCAUGGCUUUUUGAAUCCCAGGACGGGGCUCAGCCUCGGGACUGGAGAUGGCUGUAUCGUCGAACCAACAAUGCGCACAUAGGUCCCGGCCUCCAGAAUAGAGUUCGUGUUUGGAAUCUGGCCCAGAAAGUUGUGGCAGCUCUGGACUUCCAAUGGAUCGACAGUGGUUCAGAACCUUCCCAGCAGCAAGGCUCGACCCAGCAUUUAAAAGUGUCGGGAGACUUGUGGGAGAGACCGAGCGGGCCACACCACUCCCACUUGGAUAAGGGUUGCCUUCUCCGCGAAACGUACCGCCUGACCAUCCCUGAAGACCUAUCGAUGGUUUCUAUCUGGUCUAUUCCCGUAGGAGAGAUUCUAUACAUCGCUGGACUGAAGUUUACCACGGCCGCAGGCGAUGUUCGUCAAAUAGGCUACAGAACUACUACUGAGCAGUCCGUGGAGAUUUCAGACAUAAGCGGCUUCAAGCUAGCUGUGGGAGAAAGGGGGAUUCAAGCUUUGCAAUGCAUCAAUCAGAAUUUCGACACCUCCCACUGGCUCGGCAUUCCGGAGACGUCGCUCAAGACACUGCGCUUCAAUGUAGGCGAGCGCAUCAACUACCUUGAUAUUGGAUUUGAUGGUUGCAAAAUUGUGAGCUUGGCUAUCUUUCCCCAUUCUUCAUCUAUCGCAAGACUAGCACAGGAUGACAACAGAUUGAGAAAUAUGGGGAUGUGGUACCCUGAGGUCCCGGGACCAGACCUCUGCUUGAAUGAAACUUCUUUCGCCCCUAGGAAACAUUACUUGGACGGAUUCAAACCACUAUUUUGGACCUCCUUCGGCGGCCCAGGUGGUGCCCACCUUCGAACACUCAAUAAUAUCAGAGUCGUCCUGGGCCGCGCCGGCAUAUACCGCAUCGACUUCACAUACAAUGUUCCAGAACGCGAUAGAACGUUCGGUUGCCAAAUGCCUGGAGAUUUGACAAAGGAAAUCAUUUUUGAAAUCGAUGGAGCAGGAGGCGAACUCAUCAAUGCGGUCGAAAUUCUCCAGGAAAACGUUGACCCUGAAGAUGCUUACACAUGGAUGGUGGAAGAAGGAUUCAUAGCUGCAUUCAAGGUGUCCACGAAUCGAGGAAGGAGCUGCUUCUUCUCCAUUCAAGAUAACCUGCCAAGCAAUACUUCGUUUCUAGUCACCACAGGUCCUGGAGAGGCCAUCACUGGGUUUUAUGGAAGCCAGCAUUCCCAUGAGGGUAGUAGCAUUUCGGCUUUGGGUGUCAUCUCCGAAGCGAUUCAAGGAAGUUAA